AUGUACUUCUUAGCUCAUCAAAGCAUUGUUCAAAUCCUCAUUGUAUUGGUUUCCGUUCUGCUCGCCUUGGUCCACGCAUUGCCUUUGGAAAGACGCGCCGAAAACAUCAACAUCAAGGUGACAUCAAGCUCCCAGUUCUGCUCGUACCUGCCACCUUCUCCUGGUGAGGAGAUUGCCCAUGCUGAAGGCAGCGCUGUUCCCUUUUGCACCAGCAAGCAAGCUUCAGGCACACGUCAGUUCCCGUCUGGAUUCAUCACAUCUGCUCAUUUCAAAUCGACUUCCACUUACUCUCAAGUUACCGGCCGUAUUGACCGUACCAGAUAUCAGCUGUCAUCGUCGGAUGAAGGAGGACAGUAUGAUAACAAGAAUGAGAUUGGUGGAACUUGCAAUGGUUGGAGCCACUGGGUUAACCUGGUAGAACCAUCGGACAACAUCUUUUGCAUCCGUUGCUGCAAGAACUCCUCUGAUUGUAAUCUGGGCCGCUCUGAAUACGGUUGCCAGAGCAUCGUUCCUGGCGAUUACAGCUAA